AUGGAGGAGGAUGAAAAUGCUGUGGAGGAUCCUUUCCCCGAGGAGCCGGGGAUUACUGACAUAGCACUUAUCGUGGAGGAUAGAGAAAUCCACACUAUUAAAGCCUUCCUAAUGAGUGUUUCUCCAGUAUUAAAGGCCAUGUUCACCUCGAAAUUUAGAGAAAAAUCAGAACAAAGGAUACAGUUUCCAGAGAAAAAGUACGAUGAUUUCGUGUUGUUUUUGAAGAAGUUACACCACAAGGAAUACUUAGAACUGGAUGACAAGGUCAAAAGGAUCCUUCCGUUAGCAAGAGAGUAUGAAACAGCACAAAUAGUGAAAGACUGUGAAGCCUGGAUGAUAUCAAGACUAUCUGUAAAGAAAAGUAAAGAAAAUGCUUUCGUGUGGAGGGGCAACAGAAGUCAGGAUCUUAAUUAUCUGAUUGAAUGGUUGACAAUUGCAGACGAUUAUCAUCUUAACGAUCUCCGUAGCAACCUUUUUGACAUCAUCACAAAGUACGAUUUUCUGAUGUCAUUAAAUUACUCUGAAGCAUAUAAACAUAUUUCCCCGGAAACAAAGGCUGAAAUUUUAGAAAAAAAGACUGUCCAAUGUUGA